AACCUCGGAUAGGGAAACGGCCAUUAACCGUGUAGACUGUAGAUCGAUUAUUCUUAAUGUUUACCACACGCAGUUAUUUACACUCGAGCAAAUAUGCAUAGAUCCACUGUAAAUAGUUUAUUUAAAUCAGGCAGUAUGAGGUACAAACAGAGUAUAGAAACUUAUGGAUAUUACUGCGUAACUUCAUGUUUGCACAGUCGUAUGUCGUUUGAACUUACACUCAAAAUAUAUUUGACUUAAAUCAAAGAAGACAGACAUAAAGGCGUAAAGAAUACGCUUGCAACUUAAAGUGUAUCAAUUGUUUUGAAAGUGAAAGUAGAGUAGCAGCAAUGGAUCAAUUUCAGAAGUAUUCUGUGGAUGUUAACGACUUCCUUUAUACACACAGAGUGUCUGUGGCGGUUACAAUAACAACAGCCUGCGCCCUGUUCGCCCUGCGGCGCUACCUACAGGGCGGGGUGUGUCGCUCUACAGUGAAGCUCCACAACCGCACUGUUCUAAUCACCGGGGCUAACACGGGUAUAGGCAGGGAGACCGCCAGGGACCUCGCUAUAAGGGGUGCGCGCGUGAUCCUGGCCUGCCGAGAUAUGAAGCGCGCGCAAGAAGCGGCAGACGACAUAAAACGCUCAACCGGAAAUUUGAACGUUGUCGUGUACAAGCUGGACCUAGCUUCAUUGGAAUCCGUCCGAGACUGUGUCAAAGAGGUGCUCCAAAAUGAAGACCGACUAGAUAUCCUUAUAAAUAAUGCAGGGGUCGUUAUGAUGAUCUACUGCAAGACAAAGGACGGGUUCGAGAUGCAGCUGGGCACCAACCACCUUGGCCAUUUCCUGUUCACCAACUUGCUGUUAGACCUUGUCAAGAAGUCGGCGCCCAGUAGAAUCAUCAACGUUUCCUCGCGGGCCCAUAUGAAUGGUCGAAUCAACCUGGAGGAUCUGAAUGGCGAGCAAACGUACAGACCGUUUUAUGCAUACGCCCAGAGCAAGUUGGCUAAUAUCCUCUUCACGCGGGAGCUUGACAGACGACUGAAAGGUACCGGUGUUACUGUAGUCAGCUUACAUCCGGGCGGGGUGGUCUCGGAUCUUGGCAUGAACAUCAGCCGGGAACUCCCGAUCUACUUCCGGUUGCCCGUGCUCAUUCUCUACCAUGGACUGAUCAGGCACCUGAUGAAGACGACGACGGCGGGCGCUCAGACCACCCUGCACUGCGCCCUGGCGCCGGAAGUAGAGCAGCAGUCUGGGAAGUACUUCAGCGACUGCGCGGUGCUCGAACCCACAGCCCUUGCUCAGGAUGAUGCCAUGGCCUCCAAGCUGUGGUCAGUCUCUGAGAAGAUGGUGGGACUGACCCAGUGAAUGUGACACUACUUGUUGUAUUCAAAACGUUUGCAGAGAUAAACUUUUUUCGACGAUUUCGGUGAUUUUCAGCAGGUGAUGAGUAAUAAUUAUUGUAUGCUUUCCGGUGGUUUAUAGAGAAAUAUCCGUGAACAAGAGAUUGCCAAGCAAUAUGGUCCCCUACCGGUGAAACUCCACCAUUGUCAGUAUAUUAUUAUUAUUUUUUUAGCUCAUCUAUUUUUUGAAAAAAAAUUAUGAGCUAUUGUCAUCACCUUGGCGUCGGCGUCGGCGUUGGCGUUGGCGUUGGCGUCGGCGUCCGGUUAAGUUUUGCGUUUAGGUCCUUUUUUCUCAGAAAGUAUCAAUGCUAUUGCAUUCAAACUUGGUACACUUACUAACUAUCAUCAGGGGACAUGGCAGGCAAAGUUAGAUAACUCUGGCAUGCAUUUUGACAGAAUUAUGAGCCCUUUUUAUACUUAGAAAAUUGAAAAUUUUGGUUAAGUUUUGCGUUUAGGUCCACUUUUCUCAGAAAGUAUCAAUGCUAUGGCAUUCAAACUUGGUACACUUACUUACUAUCAUGAGGGGACUGGGCAGGCAAAGUUAGAUAACUCUGGCGUGCAUUUUGACAGAAUUAUGUGCCCUUUUUAUACUUAGAAAAUUGAAAAUUUGGUUAAGUUUUGUGUUAAGGUCCACUUUAUUCCUACAGUAUCAAAGCUAUUGCUUUCAUACUUGCAACACUUAUUAACUAUCAUAAGGGGACUGUGCAGGCAAAGUAAUGUAACUCUGACUGGCAUUUUGACAGAAUUAUGUGCCCUUUUUAUACUUAGAAAAUUGAAAAUUUUUGUGUUUUGGUCCACUUUACCCCUAAAGUAUCAUAGAUAUUGCUUUCAUACUUGGAACACUCGCAAACUAUCAUAACGGUACAGUAAAAGGACAAGUUGCAUAACUCUGGUUGUCAUUUUUACGGGAUUAUGGCCCUUUUUUUCUGACUUAGUAACUUUGAAUAUAUGGUUAAAUUUUGUGUUUCGAUCCACUUUACUUCUUAAGUAUCAAGGCUAUUGCUUUCAAACUUCUAAUACUUUCAUGCUAUCACGAGGUUACUGUACCUGGCAAGUUGAAUUUUACCUUGACUUUUUAAUGACAUUGACUCUCAAGGUCAAAUUAUUAAAUUUUGCUUUAUUUGCCAUAACUUCUUUAUUUAUGAUUAGAUUUGAUUGAUACUUUGACAAAACUACUCUUACCUGACAUACCACAAUAGACUCCACCCAAACCAUCCCCUGUGCCC